AUGGGAAUGGACACGUGGUGGCGCUGUCGACUAAGGGUGAGAAUUAUGGGCUCGCAUAUAACCAGAAAGCCACAAAAGCUGGAAAACAGAACGCUAUCUACCCCCUAGAAGAAGAAGGUAUCUGACUGUGAUCUAGGGGAGAAAACCCCGCGGACAGUAAGGCAUUAAAGAUUAAAUUGAAGGAUAUUUUGCCAAAUAAUUUCUUGGAUUGAAACUGACGAGAAGAAGCAGCACCCUCUGGACUAAAUCUGAACAAUGGCGACCGCACUAGGAAAAACACCAGAGAAAAGGCAAGUCAUUUUCCUUACUAUGUUAUUGCUAGUGUGGAAGUCUGACGCUGAAACGAUUAGAUAUUCUAUGCCAGAAGAAACAGAGAGUGGCUACUUAGUUGCUAAUUUGGCAAAAGAUCUUGGGCUCCAGGAUGGAGAACUGGCUAUUAGGGGGGCACGAAUUCAUUACAAAGGAAACAAAGAGCUCUUGCAGCUGGAUGCAGAGACUGGGAAUUUGUUCCUGAAGGAAAAACCAGACCGUGAGGUGCUGUGCAGGGCGACAGAAGCCUGUGUGCUGCACUUCCAGAUCAUACUGGAAAACCCUGUGCAGUUCUUCCAAACUGAACUGCAGCUCACAGAUAUAAAUGACCACUCUCCGGAGUUCCCUGACAGAAAAAUGCUACUAAAAAUCCCUGAGAGCGCCCAGCCAGGGACAAUGUUUCCUUUGAAGGCAGCGCAUGACUCUGACAUAGGGAGCAACGCUGUUCAGAACUACACAGUCAGUCCCAACCUCCAUUUCCAUGUGGUUACUCUCAGUCGCUCAGAUGGCAGGAAAUACCCAGAGCUGGUGCUGGACAGAGCCCUGGACAGGGAGGAGCAGCCUGGGCUCGCUUUAAUUCUCACGGCUCUGGAUGGCGGAGUACCGCCCAGGACAGGAACCACUGAAGUUCACAUUGAAGUUGUGGACAUCAAUGAUAACCCGCCCCAGUUUAUACAGUCACUCUAUGAGGUGCAAGUUCCUGAGAACAGCCCACUCAAUGCUUUAGUUGUCACAGUCUCUGCCAGGGAUUUAGAUGCUGGGAUACAUGGCAAUGUAGCCUAUUCUCUGUUUCAAGGUGGUGAACUAUCUCAACCGUUUGUGAUAGAUGAAAUCACAGGAGAAAUUCGUCUUAAAGAGGCAUUGGAUUUUGAGGCAACUCCAUAUUAUAACAUAGAAAUUGUAGCUACAGACCCAGGAGGUUUUUCAGGAAAAUGCAGUGUAGCUAUACAGGUAGUGGAUGUGAACGACAAUGCCCCUAAGCUCACCAUAUCUUCACUCAAUAGUUCUAUCCCAGAAAAUGCUCCUGAGACUGUCGUGGCUGUAUUUAGCGUUUCUGACCCGGAUUCUGGGGAUAAUGGAAGGAUGGUGUGUUCUAUACAGAAUGAACUUCCAUUUCUUUUGAAGUCCACAUUUGAGAAUUAUUAUACUUUAGUAACAGAGGGGACACUUGAUAGAGAGAGCAAAGCUGAAUACAACAUUACCAUCACAGUCACUGACCUGGGCACUCCCAGGCUCACAACACAGCACACCAUAACAGUGCAGGUGGUGGACAUCAACGACAACGCCCCUGCCUUCACCCAAACCCCCUACACCAUAUUCGUCAAGGAGAACAACAGCCCCGCCCUGCACAUAGGCACCAUCAGCGCCACAGACUCAGACUCAGGCUUCAAUGCCCACAUCACCUACUCGCUACUGCAGCCCCAUGAUCCGGAGCUGCCGCUCUCCUCGUUAAUCUCCAUUAACCCCGACAAUGGGCAGCUGUUCGCGCUCAGGGCGAUGGACUAUGAGGUCCUGCAGGCCUUUGAGUUCCACGUGGGCGCCACAGACCGAGGCUUGCCCGCCCUCAGCAGCCAGGCUCUGGUGCGCGUGGUGGUCCUGGACGACAAUGACAAUGCGCCCUUCGUGCUCUACCCGAUGCAGAAUGCUUCUGCACCCUGCACAGAGCUGCUGCCCAGGGCAGCAGAGCCCGGAUACCUGGUCACCAAGGUGGUGGCAGUUGACUGUGACUCUGGCCAGAAUGCCUGGCUGUCAUUCCAGCUGCUGAAGGCCACGGAGCCCGGACUGUUUAGUGUGUGGGCGCACAAUGGCGAGGUGCGCACCACCAGGAUGCUGAGUGAACGAGAUGUACCCAAGCACAGGCUGCUGUUGCUGGUCAAGGACAAUGGAGAGCCUCAGCGCUCUGCCAGCGUCACUCUACAAGUGCUGGUCGUGGAUGGUUUUUCACAGCCCUACCUGCCUCUGCCUGAAGUCGUGCAGGACUCCGUUCAGGAAGAUGAUGACACUCUCACGCUGUACCUGGUCAUUGCCUUGGCAUCUGUGUCUUCACUCUUCCUCUUGUCUGUCCUGCUCUUCGUGGGGGUGAGACUAUGCAAGAAGUCCAGGGCUGCUUCCCUGGGUGUCUGCUCUGUGCCUGAGGGCCACUUUCCUGGCCACCUGGUGGAUGUCAGCGGUAUGGGAACUCUGUCUCAGAGCUACCAGUAUGAGGUGUGUCUAAAAGGAGACUCUGGGACUGCUUCUCUUCACCUUUCAAAAGAGCCAGGGGAUUUCUGGAAAUUUCAGCAAUCUAUCUGAUCCUGGGUAUUAGUUCUCAGAAAAUUUCACUUCAUGUUGUUUUGUAGAUAUGGAAAGCAAGAGACAGUCCCUUCAAUGAUAUUUGAUUAAUUCCUAAUUCGUUAUU